CCCGGCUCGCGGACGGUGGCCGACUGGCUCCGCGGGCCCGCGCCCAGAGAGAUGCAGCUGCCCCCGACGCUACGCGCCCGCCUCGCCGCGGGGCCCGGGACGGCCGAGCCACUGCCUGUAGCGCGGGAUCCCGCCGCCGAGGCCGCGCCUUUUCGCUUCGCUGCGCGCCCGGUGCGCUUCCCGCGGGAACACGAGUUCUUCGAGGAUGGGGACGUGCAGCGCCACCUUUACCUCCAGGACGUGCUCUUGCAGGUGGCCGAUGUGCCUGAGAAGCCCAGGGUGCCCGCGUUCACCUGCCAGGUGGCCGGCUGCUGCCAAGUGUUCGAUGCCCUGGACGACUACGAGCACCACUACCACACGCUGCACGGAAACGUUUGCUCUUUUUGCAAACGGGCCUUCCCUUCUGGACACCUGCUGGAUGCCCACAUCCUGGAGUGGCACGAUUCGCUCUUCCAGAUCCUGUCCGAGAGGCAGGACAUGUACCAGUGCCUGGUAGAAGGCUGCACAGAGAAGUUCAAGACCAGCAGAGACCGGAAGGAUCACAUGGUGAGGAUGCACCUGUACCCCGUGGACUUCCGUUUUGAUAAGCCAAAGAAAAGCAGAAGCCCAGCCUCGCCAGGGGCCGGCACCCAAGCCUCAGCGGAAGUCCAGGGGAACAGCGGAGAGCGGUCAGAAGGGGAUGCCAUGGAAAUCUGCACUGAGCCUGCGGUGGCCUCCCCUGCACCGGCAGGUGAGAGGCGGACCUACAGUCAUAGAAUACCCUCUACCAUCUGCUUUGGUCAGGGUGCCGCUCGAGGAUUUAAAAGCAGCAAGAAGAAAACCAAGCAGUGCUGAUGGACUCAGACAGUAAAGGAGCGGUGGGCAGUGCCACUGGAGGGACACCGGCCUGGGCCUUUCUCGGACCUGGUGUGGCCACCCCGGGCCCAGGCCCUCGCCAUCCUGCCUGUCUCUGUCCCUCAGCAAAUGGCAUCAGCAGCUGUCAUCAGAAGCCGUGGGGCACCCAGCACGCUGUCGGGAAUGAGAUGUGGACGUCCUGCCGCCCCUGCAGGCCCACCCUGAGAACCGAUGUUUAAACACGUGAAGUAGUAUUUUUCA